CUCUGUCAACUCAGUAUCCGUUUUUCAAGAGAGCGUCUUCAAGUCUCUGGAAAGUAGGAUGGAGAGAGAUUUUCCCCCUCCUCCCUUUUCAUGUUAAAGUUUCCCCACAACACCCUGCUGAGUUUGGCUUGCCUUUCGUUUAUUCCCCAAGCCUCCUUUAGGAGAGCAAGUUUCUGAUCUGGCUGCAAGUGCAUCUCCCGGUGCUGGAAGUAACUCAGUUCAACGGGGGGCUGGAUGAUCUCCGCUGCCUUUUCUCCAACAGACACGGAUAUGUAGAGUAACUACCAUUGUGGAAGGAAAACAGGGAAUACUAUAUUGGAGUAGAAGAAGGGAGUCAUGUCCCCUGCAGGAAGAUACUCGAUACCUUCCACCUUGAUACUGCUUUUGCUCCUUUGGGGUGGAGAGAACGUUCAGGCACAGAGAGCAGGUUGCAAGAAUGUCCACUAUGACCUCGUCUUUAUCUUGGACACCUCCUCCAGUGUGGGGAAAGAAGACUUUGAGAAGGUCCGCCAGUGGGUGGCUAAUCUGGUAGACACGUUUGAGAUCGGACCAGACAAAACCCGGGUUGGUGUUGUCCGCUACAGCGACAGACCAACUACUGAAUUUGAGCUUGGGAAAUAUCGGACUCGGGAGGAGAUCAAAGAAGCCGCAAGGAAUAUAAAAUACUACGGGGGCAAUACAAACACUGGUGAUGCCCUACGGUACAUCAACACAUACAGCUUUUCCACGGAGGCUGGUGGGAGACCAAGCGACCGCACCAUCAAAAAAGUGGCUAUUCUUCUGACAGAUGGCCGGAGUCAGGAUUAUGUAUUGGAUCCGGCCACUGCAGCUCAUAAAGCGGGCAUAAGGAUCUUUGCUGUAGGGGUUGGUGAGGCCCUCAAAGAAGAGCUGGAUGAAAUUGCUUCAGAGCCCAAGUCCGCCCAUGUGUUUCAUGUCUCAGAUUACAAUGCUAUUGACAAGAUACGUGGGAAACUGAGGAGAAGACUUUGUGAAAAUGUGCUGUGCCCCAGUGUCCACGUAGAAGGAGACAGGUUCAAGCACACCAAUGGAGAGACUGAUGAUAUUCCAGGUUUUGACCUGAUGGGAUUAUUCAGUGUGAGGGAGAUAUUUGGAAUGAAGGACAACGGAAUCCACAGCUCUUACGUUCGGCUUGGCAGCUUUCCCAUUGUCCAGAAAACAGAAGACGUCUUCCCACAAGGCCUUCCUGAUGAAUAUGCCUUUGUCACUACUUUCAAGUUCCGCAAGACUUCCAGGCGAGAAGACUGGUAUAUCUGGCAAAUUAUUGACAAAUAUGGCAUACCUCAGGUGUCUAUCAGACUGGAUGGUGAAAACAAAGCCUUGGAGUACAACGCUAUCGGACUCACCAAGGACGCUGUGAGAGUGGUCUUUCGACACGGCCGCGUCAGCGACCUCUUUGAUCGCAACUGGCACAAAAUAGCGCUGAGCAUCCAGUCCGACAGCGUCUCCUUGUACAUCGACUGCAAGCUGGUGCAGACGCUGCCUAUUGAAGACAGGGAAAAUAUUGACAUCCAAGGGAAGACCGUGAUUGGCAAGCGCCUCUACGACAGCGUGCCCAUUGACUUUGACCUUCAGCGGAUGGUUAUUUACUGUGAUUCACGUCAUGCUGAACUGGAAACUUGCUGUGACAUUCCCUCUGGGCCUUGCAAAGUGAAGGUUGUUACAGAUGCUCCUCCCCUUGAAAUAACAACCACUCCUGGAAGCGAAUAUGUCGGCCCUACCAAGACAGUCAACUGCUCCUGUCCACCUGGAGAAAAGGGUGAAAGAGGUCUACCUGGGUUUGAAGGUCUUAGAGGCCAGAAGGGAGAAAUUGGACCAAUUGGACUUCCUGGCCCAAAGGGAGAAAGAGGAGAACCAGGUGGUGGAGGAGGAGCUGGCUGGGCAGAGAAAGGAGAAAAGGGUGAAAGAGGAGCCCAAGGAUUACCUGGGCUGAUGGGCGAAAGAGGAGAAAAGGGCUCCCUCGGUGCACCUGGCAUCCCAGGGAGAGAUGGUGCCAAAGGAGAAUCUGGAGAACCUGGGCUUCCUGGAGCAGUUGGCCUCCCUGGCCAUCAGGAUGGGUCAGAUGGUCAGCCAGGGCCUCCAGGACGCGAAGGAUAUGUUGGAGCACCAGGCCUGCAGGGAGAAAGAGGCGAAAAGGGACCCCGGGGAGACAAGGGAGAACCAGGUCUCGAUGGUUUCCCCGGAAAGCCUGGUGUGGAUGGGAAGCAGGGCAUCCAAGGGAGUCCAGGCCAACCUGGUCUCAUGGGACCCAGAGGAGAAAAGGGUGAAAUAGGGCCUCCGGGGAAGCCUGGCUCAGUGGUGCAGAUGGAAGGUUUGAAAGGAGAGCAGGGAGCUCCUGGCCCACGAGGUUCAGUAGGCCCUCCUGGAACUCCAGGUAUCUCAGGACCCCAGGACCAGAAGGAAAACCAGGACCUGCUGGCUUACAAGGUCAAAGGGGUCCUCCAGGAUCACCUGGAGUCUCUGGUCCUCCUGGGAUUGCUGGCCCCCCAGGGCUACCGGGAGAAAUUGGGAGAAAUGGAUUGCCUGGACCACCUGGUUCACCUGGGAAACCUGGCCUGGAUGGCUUACCUGGGCUGCCUGGCUCAAAAGGAGAACGCGGAGAAAGGGGAGGAGGAGGAUUUCCCGGGAAAAUUGGUUCGAAGGGCGAAAAGGGAAGAUCUGGACUCCCUGGUUUCAAAGGUGAAAGAGGUGACAAGGGAGAUGUCGGUCCUGCUGGUCCCCCAGGAUUACCAGGGACAACUUCCCCGUUUACUCCGCAUCCCAGUCAACCUGGAUUUGCACCCACUGCUCUCUAUGUGUGGGCCUCACAAACACGUUCGUACUUUUUGUUCCCAGGGAGAACAAGGGCUACCAGGUGAAAAAGGUGACCGUGGAGAAAGAGGUGAACCCGGAGAACGUGGCAUUCCUGGUAAAGUGGGGUUGCAGGGACCUGCAGGGCCACCGGGUAUGAAGGGGCAGGAAGGGGCACCCGGAGGCCCUGGAGCACCAGGGGAGAUUGGUGCUCCUGGACCUGCAGGCCCCCCAGGGCCACGAGGCUUGCCUGGAAAUGUGGGUAUACCUGGAGAUCCUGGCCGACCUGGAAAUGAUGGCCCCAAAGGAGAAAAGGGAGAUCCUGGAAAAGAAGGGAAGCCAGGAGCACCUGGGCCUACAGGUGAGCCAGGAGGUGUUGGAGAACCUGGAUUACCUGGAAAGGGUCGAGAUGGAGAAAGAGGAGAAAGAGGACCACCGGGUUUGACUGGACCCUUUGGGCAGAAGGGAGAUCGAGGGGCUCCUGGAGUUCCAGGCCAGCCAGGAGACAGGGGGGUACCAGGCAUCGGACUUUCUGGACCACCAGGCCCCUCAGGACCACCUGGAGAUAAAGGCCCAUCGGGUCCCCGAGGUUUGCCAGGCAUCCAAGGUCAACCAGGGCCAUCUGGUCAGGAUGGUCUACCAGGAAAUCCAGGUGAAAGAGGUCCUCCAGGGAAACCGGGUGCCUCUCCUAUCCUUUCUCCUGGUGACAUCAGUCUCUUAGUUAAGGAUGUUUGCAGUGACUGCCCUCCCGGACCACCUGGACUUCCAGGAAUGCCAGGAUUCAAGGGUGAUAGAGGCCCUCCAGGUCCACUUGGCCAUGAAGGCCCAGUUGGGAAAAUGGGGGAGGCAGGACCCAGAGGUCACCCCGGACCACCAGGUGUAGAAGGUCCCAAGGGUGCCAAAGGAGACCGUGGGACGCCUGGAGAGGCUGGACUGAAGGGUGAACAGGGACAUCCUGGGAUACCUGGCUUCAUGGGGCCCCCUGGAAAUCCAGGUCCACCUGGGUCUGAGGGGCCCCCAGGACCUGCAGGACCAAUGGGAAACCCUGGAGAAAUAGGUAAAGAAGGCCCAUCAGGACCUCAAGGGCCACCAGGAUUGCCUGGACUUCUGGGUAUUUCUGGAAAGGAUGGCAAAGAUGGGAAGCCAGGACCUCCUGGAGAACCAGGCAAACAAGGGGAGCCAGGGCUGCCAGGACCGGAGGGAGCAAGAGGAUUGCCGGGUUUUAAGGGACCGAGAGGAGACGCAGGACCACCUGGCUCAAGGGUGAGCAAUGCAAUGGACCUUCAAUUUGACUCAAACAGUGGUUGGGAUGGGGAGAACCGGGUCCAUCAGGGCCCCCGGCCGCGAGGGGUCAACCUGGAAAAGAUGGAGAUCCAGGCCCUGCAGGACCCCAGGGCCCACGUGGGCUCAGAGGAAUUGCGGGCAAGAGGGACCACCGGGCCCCCCAGGGAAACUGGCUCUCCAGGUAACCCAGGUCCCAAAGGAAGCAAAGGAGAAGCCGGCAGUGCAGGACUCCCUGGAUUCAUCGGGCCGCGAGGACCUCCUGGUGAACCAGGUGAAAAGGGGAUCCCAGGGAAAGAGGGCACUCCAGGGAAGCCAGGUGGUCUUGGAGACAAAGGUGACAGGGGGGAUCCAGGCACUAAAGGUGAAAAAGGCACAGUUGGAGAGAAGGGCCCACCUGGUGAUCCUGGGAUUCCCGGGCGCAAGGGACACACUGGAUUAAUGGGUCAACCGGGACCACCAGGGGACACAGGGCAGUCUGGACCCCCUGGUCCUACAGGACAACCUGGAUUUCCUGGGCCUAGGGGGGACACUCCAUCAGUGGAAACUCUGCGAAGGCUCAUCCAAGAAGAGCUAGGAAAACAACUUGAUGCCAGACUGCCCUACCUCAUAAGCCAAAUGCAGCCAGCCCAUGUCAAAGCACCUCAAGGUAGACCAGGGCCUCCAGGAGAACCUGGUAAGGAAGGCCCUCCAGGCAGAGGAGGUCCUCCGGGAGAACCUGGCAGGCCUGGACAGCCUGGUUCAGAAGGACCAGCAGGACCGAUGGGCCCCAAAGGUGAGAGAGGAGACAAAGGAGAGAAAGGAGAUGCUGGUGUUGGCCAGAGGGGAGAAAUUGGUCCCCCAGGAAUUCCAGGUGUCCCGGGUGAACCUGGCUAUGGCAAAGAUGGGAUUCCAGGAUCGCCAGGCCCCCAGGGUGAAGCUGGCGUUCCUGGACUGAUGGGUCCCCAGGGGCCACCGGGAGCCAAUGGACAAUGUGACCCCUCUCAGUGUGCUUACUAUGCAAGCCUGGCUGCCAGGCCCAGCAACGUCAAGGGGCCCUAGAAGGCAAGGCCCCAAAGCCCACGGACCUCCUAUGGACCUAAGUCUGAAACUUGAAGGAAGCAAGGAAAUUGGGAGGCCUUGCCUGUUUUCCCUGAUUCUGUUUCUUUUCAAGAGGCCUUGUAGACUAUUAAAACCAUCCAAUGCUGCCGGUCGGUCAAGUUUAUCAUAAAUAAGAAGUUAUAAAUUGCUAUUCUUUUAUGAGGU